UAAGUCUGAAUCGGUUACCAAAGUGAAGGAGUUCUUACUCGAAGUAUUCCCCGAUAACAUGCCAGAAAUCAUUUUUUAUGACAAUGCGUGUGGUCUCUACUCCCACAUACGAUCUAACCCCAUAGACGCUGAUAAAUUCAAGAAUACGAUGUUACCGGUUGAUACUUUUCACAUCAAGUCUCACAAGGAGUCGCAUACUACGUGCCGACUCAAUAAUGAUCCUCAUCUUUUUCCGGAACUGAAAAAGCCGGAUGGAGCCUGGCGUUUCAAUGCCUCGGCCGCAGAGAUAACCAAAGCUUGGUUUGGAAGGUUUGAUGCCAUGUGUCGAAACAUGGGCCAUGUUAGAUACAAUUUUUUCUUAGAUGAAAUGAUACGACUUCAUAAUAAUCGUUUGUUGGAAAAGUUGGAGGCUCGGGCCAACGUUUCUUUUAUUGGUCACUUUGAUAUGUCUCGGUCAUCAGACCUUCCAUGAUUUGAUGCUUCCCAGGCAGCGCCGCACUUAUUCUUCCUGUCUCUCUAUGCUAUCUUAUCUUAUCAUUUGUUUCAUGUCUGUCGUCUUUGUCUCUCUCAUUGUAAUGUUGUCUGAUCUCACAAACACCUCACUAUGGAUGGAAAGAUUGGGUUAUGCUAUAAGUGUUUCUAUAGCCAUAACAAUUAUUC